CAGGUUUCGGCGUAUAUUCUGCUGGAAACCGUUCCAAUCAGGGUCAUCGAGAAACAACCGUCCGAUUCGAUUACCCGUGGCGGCGGUACACCAACCUCUCCGACCAGGGACACGUAUCCUUCCUGCGAUGUCUGGAAAUCCUGCUGAUGGAUCCUCUUCAUCCGCCCUGCCACACAUGGAAACGGGGGCUGCAAAGGAACAAGCUCUUCGCGAAUUCUCCCAAUAUCCAUUCACCUCCGACGAGGUCUUCCAGCAUGGUUUGAUUCAGAUCCUCGCCCAUUCUUCCACUCAAUCCACUUCGGAAGAGGAGAGAUCAGAACUUGCACUCAAGACACAAUUAUUUUACUUUAACCGACAAACGGGGCGCAAUCUUACACUCGAAGAUGUCAAAAGGUUUCCCUUAGCAACUUCCGACUUACAUCCCUCAGUAGAUCAAUCAGUGGAGUUGCUCGAAACCCAACCGUUGGACAAGUCGCCUCGUAUUCUCUCCUUCGCAGAGCUGAAAGACCUCAUUGAAUCUGGAAACACCGAGAAGAUCCCUCACAAUAAACACAUCCCCGAUCAAUUGAAUGAUUGUAUUCCCAGCCUGUCAAAUGCGUCGGUAAGGAAGAAACCCUGGGAAGCCGCUCGCUCACCAGUACAAUGAGGCCGUGAUAAGUACACAACUAAUGUACAGUUUUGGGGCGUCCUUGGAAUAUGCUUUUCUUCUACGUGCCGCGCAAAGAUAGUUAUAGACGUAACAAGAUUGACGCUGAUGCCAUCAUCUGGACACCACUUUGCUGGCAUCGUGUGCAUCCAUCACCAACCGCGAAUGGGUGUCGUACCUCCCAGACUAUAUUGAUGUACUGCAAUAAACUGAGUCUAGAACGCCACGUUGGCAUUUUUACAAAUCUUACGAUAGAGAUUCGAUUAAACCCCCUAAAAGCAAGGUUGUCAGCAGGUAUCUCACUUGUGCGUUACUCUCGGUCUG